CUCGCCCGCAUUCGGAAUACUCGACGACCGAUGCAGUCGACAGGCCGUCUGCUGUCUGAGCAUGUGCACAGACCUCUCAUUCGCUUCAUCGGAAAGCGUGUCUGGUCAUCCCCUGGCGCGGGUCAGCCGCAUCCCGCCGGUCCGGCGAAACAACCACCAAAUGCCAAACACAAGUCUGUCUUCCAACACUACUGGCAGGCCCCACCUCGUCUAUGGAAUCCCCGCUACCACAACCUCGAGCAAGCAGAAAUAGAUGCAAUCCAGAGCGGUGGUGCUUCGUUACAUUGAUACUCAACAUCAACAAAACCACUCGCAAAAUAUAAGGUCGUAAAACUUACUGCAAUGUCUUAAAAUUCAGUACAACUGAUACAUAGUACUGUCUCCGUUAUAUACAACAAUGUAUUGCACUAUAACAAGCGGCCAAAUACAGUGUGGAUAAGGGUCGCAACCCAUCCAUUGGCACAUGAUAUUUUAUAGCCAUGUAUCUCGGUGCCAUUCGAUGCAUUUUAGUAUGUUGAAUUGUAUUCCUCGCCAUACUUUAUCACACGUUCCACUGGAUUUCAUAUGAAUGC